GCGUCCAUCUGCUGCGCAUGCGUAUUACGACGCCGCUGGUUGUAAGUAGAAAUAUUAUGGCUGUCGUGAUGCAGACGGAAGACUUUCCUUACUUACCUUCGGGGCCGGCGGAGGUAAAUAAGAUGAUAAAGGAGCACAGUGACCUGUUUUCUGACUCCCAGUGUAAAGUCUGCAGUGCUGUCCUAAUUUCUGAGUCUCAGAAGUUGACUCAUUAUCAGAGCAAGAAACAUGCCAACAAAGUGCGGCGAUAUAUUUCCAUCCAAAAUGAGAAGGAGCCAGCGUUCAAAAAGUUAAAGACAUCAUCAUCAUCAUCUGACAGUGACUGUAACAAUGGAGACACUGACCGGUCUAAGGUGUGUCAUGUAUGUAACAUGACCUUCUCCUCUCCUGUGGUGGCCGAGUCUCACUACCAGGGAAAAGUUCACGCCAAGAACCUGAGACUGAAGACGGCCGGUCCCCAGACCCCAGCGGUAGCCUGCCAAACGGCACCAACAGUUCAGCCGAAGAAGAAACCUGCAGAUGAUUUGAGCAGUGUGCCAGUAAUGGGCAACAACAACAACAACAACAACAACAACAACCCAGACCGUUUCUGCUCCAUCUGCCAGGCCUCCUUCAACAACCCGCUCAUGGCCCAGCAGCACUACGUUGGCAAGAAGCAUAGAAAACAGAUGACCAAGCUCAAACUGAUGGAGACGUACGGUCCCUCCACAGCACCAGCAUCUACACUUAAGGGCUACCCAUGUACUGUCUGCAACAUUGAACUAAACUCUGUGGAGCAGUACCAGUCGCAUAUCAGUGGUGCCAAACAUAAGAACCAAAUGAAGAAAUCAGGCAUGAACACUACAGAGAACCAACAAGCAGCAGAACAAUCAUACGGGAGUGACAACCAGUGCACCAGCGAAGACAACCAGUACACAGCUGCAGAUGACCAGUACGCCCCUGGGGACGACCAGUACACAGCCGGAGAAAACCAGUACACUCCCGAGGACACAGAGUACUCAGAGGAGUACCAGUAUACUUGAGGCUGGACAGGGAGGGACUGCAGAGGUUUCAGUCAGGACUUGGAAUGACACACAACAACCAGCCCCUUUAACACAUUAACAAACCAUCAACCUCCAUGGACCUUCAGCUCCUGUCAGAGUCUCUCGUCAGUAGGUGUUCCCCCGGAACAGAAUCAUCUAAACCACAGGUUUGAACCCCAACGCGUUAGUUUGUCAUUUUGGGUUCCCAGCUGAAACGGCUAAAGAAUGUUUUUUCUCCUCUAAUGGAAAAAAAGUUUUGUUUUUCUCCGUGUGUGUGUGUGUGUGUGUGUGUGUGUGUGUGUGUGUGCGCACGCACGUGUGCGUGAGAGAUGAAAUGAUGGUCAGCAGUUAUACCCUUCAACGUGUGAUCAUAGGUUCAGCGGUGAUGCAGCUUUACCUACAGUCACAAUCAAGAAUGUCUGUGAGGGUUCAACUGCCUGCUACUUCCGUUACAUAUUUGUUUACUGACUGAAAACCAUUCUAAUAGAAAGUCUAAAGCAUAUUAAUCAUUAUUUAAAGUCUGGUUUAAUGCAUCAGUCACAUACAGUAAGCCAAUUUAAUUGUUUAACCUCUACUAACAUCUAACCAGUACUAACAUCUAGUACCAGUCACAUAUAACCAAGGACAAUUCAAAGCUAAGCUGCUCUCCACUUCACACCUCUUGUUCCGCCAUUCAUCUGAAUAUAGUUAGUUUGCAUCUCCAGUGAAUGUAUUUUAAACAUGUCCUCACCUCAUUUCUCUACUUUACCCAUGUUUGAUUAUUUCUAAAUGUGAUGUUGAAGAUGCAGACAUAGGAAAAGACGUGAAGUCGAACCUUAGCAGAGCCAGAUCAGUCACUGUAGCCAGUUUUGAUAAUAUCUUUGCUGCCUAUACAGAUUUAAAACAAAAAAAAAACAGUCUAAGGCUUUCUGCCCAGAUAAAUCUGUUGUUAGUUGAAUUUUUAGAGAAGUUGCUUUUACAGUUUUUCUUUUCCUCCUUUUUUAUUUUUAUUUAAAGCUGAAAUAUCUCGAAGUUGUUUGUUGUUGUUUUUCAUGGAAAUAUUUGCUUGUUCUGUGUAAAUCAGAGUCCAGAUGGUGAAUUCAUUAGAUUUUUUUUAAUGUGGUAAUCUGGACAAGAUGAUACUUGUGGUGGUACAGAAUUCCUCUGAGUUCAACAGUUUCUUAUUUGCUUAUUCUUAAGCACAGUGAUUUUUCACUAUAAGAAGACAACCUAAAGCUUGGUAAAACUCAAAGGAUUUACGAGCAAUCUUUUCUAAUUAUUUAACCAUGUGUUGUUUUUUCCUGUUCCUGUUCAUUUUAUUUUCAUAGGAUGCAUAAGAAAGGAAUAAAAUAUUUUUAUUAUAGGACACUUAAAUAACAUUGUGACAGGGCACAUCUUUAUCAGAUGCUCAUCAUUAAUUGAUGAAAUAUCCAGAUGUUCAGAGCCUAAAUUACAUCCUCUGCUUCUUCAAAAAGUACCAGAAACCGCUGCUGUUAAUCAUUGUCAACACUAAGUAUUUUGUAGAGGUUGAUGUCAUUUUUAUAAAAAGAAAUUCUUUUAAUUUUUCAGGAGUCAGGACAGUUUCAGUUACAGGAUGGAGAGGAAAGGGAUUAUAAUGGAAAACACUAAUACUGUCCUCACAUUUCAAACGUAGUGGAUGUAUUACAGCUGUGGGCUCAUGAAAAUAUAAGCUUUUUUCUACUUUUAAGUUAUAUUCUUGGUUUACUGAAGGGUGAAAGAUUUUUAAAUACUUUCCAUUUGAGAGGUCCAAAAUGGGGCUUUAUAAACUCCAUAGGGAGACUGAUGUAAUUACUGUCCAUAGCAGAGAUUACAAUAUUUACUGCAGAGAUUUUCAAGAGUGAUGUCAAAAUAGAAAGUGAUGUCAGUAUUAGAAUAACAAAAAACAUUUUUUAGUCCAUUUGUCCUCAUAAGAGAUGAUUGGUUGACUAUUUUAGUAUUGAAUGUCUUCAACUUUCUGGCUAACGAAAAAAAACAAUUUUUUUGGAUGUAAUUUAUACGAAGAGGGCUCAUACAUACUGUAUAGUACAUGGUGUAUACAAGACAAAUGGCCUUUUUGUUUUUCAUCCUCGGUCUUUGUGUGUUAGGUGUUUUUGUGAUUAAGAUUUACUUUCAAUAUAAGUUAUGUAUACUUGAGGGAAAAACAUGAAGUGAAGAUGUGCGUUAAGUAAAGAAAUGUUUUAAGAGA